CACAGUCACUACACUACAAAGUGGAAGUGUGGGAGUUUAGCCAAAACGCAGCAUCGGCCCGAAGUUUCAAGCUUUGAGAGAAGGAACAGCAAGAAACCCUAGCUAUCUUCCACCUCAGUCCGUCAGUCCGUCCUUCCUCGCUCUUUCUCCAAACCUCAUCGGCUCGCUUCGGCUUCGGCAACCGUUUCUCUCUCGAUGACAAGCGCUUGGACAAAUUUGAGCUGUGCAAUCAUGCAUAGUGAUAUAGAGAGGGAGUGGGAAAAUCAGGGUGGAGUGGACUUAUGAGUAUUAUUUUUUAUAACUGGAGAUUGUUUCUCACCUUCGGAAGAGCUAUACAUCUACAAAAAAAUUGUGGAAUGAUGAGGAGACCAAAUAUAUAUUUCCAAUUUUGUUAUAGCUUUGGAGCAUCUUGGAGCAAAUGAGCAAUGGAGCUUGUGGAGCACCGCCCACAUUGAUGAAAGCUUUGCUGUACUCUUCUGGUACAAAAAAUGAGUGGUCGCUUUUCUCGUACAAUCUAUGUUGGCAAUUUGCCUGCAGAUAUAAGAGAAUCAGAAAUUGAAGAUUUAUUUUACAAGUCCACACAGGCACAUCUGUGCUUCCAAUCAGGGGAAUCAAAUAUUGAAGAAAAAAACAAGCAUUGCUUUGCUCGUUCAUGUACUUCCCUGAGGCUGAAUAGAUAUGGCCGUAUCCUGGAUGUUGAAUUGAAGAUUCCACCUCGCCCCCCUUGUUAUUGUUUUGUCGAGUUUGAGAAUGCUCGGGAUGCUGAAGAUGCAAUAAGGGGUCGCGAUGGCUAUAACUUUGAUGGUUGUAGGUUAAGGGUUGAGCUUGCCCAUGGUGGUAGAGGACCAUCAUCAAAUGAUCGCCGUGGUGGGUAUGGCGGUGGUGGUGGGAGUGGGGGUCGGUUUGGCAUCUCACGCCAUUCUGAAUUUCGAGUUAUUGUUCGUGGUCUUCCUUCUUCUGCUUCCUGGCAAGAUUUGAAGGAUCAUAUGCGAAAAGCUGGAGAUGUGUGUUUUGCUGAAGUUUCUCGUGAUAGUGAUGGGACUUUUGGCGUUGUUGAUUAUACAAACCAUGAAGACAUGAAAUAUGCUAUUCGGAAACUUGAUGAUACUGAGUUCAGAAAUCCUUGGGCCAGAGCUUAUAUUCGGGUGAAGCAGCAUGAGAGCUCUCCAUCAAGGAGCAGGAGCCGGAGCCGUAGCAGAAGUCGAAGUUCAAGGAGAAACCGGAGCAAAUCAUUGGAACGAUCUGUUUCAAGGUCAAGGUCAAGGUCAAGGUCAAAAUCUAGAUCAGCUUCACCUCUUAAAUCAUCCAGACCAAGAUCAAGGUCCGGGUCCAGGUCAGAAUCUCCCAACAAGGCACGGUCUGGAAGUGCCUGACUGCUAUAAACUACAGUGAAAACCGCCGAGGCCUUCUUAGAUGGACUCAGACGAGUUUCAGGGGCUAGUUGUACUAGUCAUCCAGUUAUUUACUUGGAAUAUUUUGAUGAAAACAUGAACUAGCAGUAGUAUUUGGCCUGAUGGUUUCUAGUCAUUUUGUUGGUCUCGGAUUUAUGUUAGCACACUUUUUAUGUUGAACCUGGGCAAUUUUCCAAUGUUUGUGACACUCCCAUCAUUUAGAUGACUGAACAUCGUGUUGGUUUGUGCUCUA